AUGCCAAGUUCUUGCGUAGGGUCUAUAUACUCAAUCAAAAUUUUCAUAAUUAUUGUAUUUUGUAACAUAAAAUCGUGUUGUGACGACCAGUGAUGGCUGGGAAGCUGAACAAAUUUGAAACGCCCAGUUCUGCCAGCUCUGAUAGUGACACUGAAUUGGCCAUUGAGUUGAGCGAGCAGGUCUUCUUGGACGAUGAGGACUACUCGACGAGAGCCCCCGCCUCCCCCACCACCGUGCCCAAUGUCAGGAGUUACAGACCCCCUUCCACAGGGUCGAAUAUACUAAAAUCGCCGCGCGCUCGCCGCGUGCGCACCACGUCGAUGUCUCAGUCGAACAAGCGGACCACGGCGGAAAGUAUACUGCACGCCGACAGACGUACAAUAUACACGGCGGGCAGACCGCCGUGGUACAACUGUACCGGCGGGCAGGAGGUCGAGCCGUUUCUUAUUGGUAUAUGCGGCGGCAGCGCAUCCGGCAAGACCACCGUAGCGACAAAGAUCAUUGAAUCUCUGAACAUACCCUGGGUCACCAUUGUCAGUAUGGACUCCUUUUAUAAGGUGUUAAAUGAGAAACAGCAUCAGCUUGCUACCCGCAACGAAUACAACUUCGAUCACCCGGAUGCGUUCGACAUGGAACUGUUAUAUUCUGUGCUACAGAGGUUGAAGGAGGGCAAGAAAGUCGAAGUACCCAUAUACAAUUACGUCACGCAUUCCAGGGAGAAUAGAACUAAAACGAUGUACGGCGCCAAUGUGAUCAUCUUCGAAGGCAUCCUGGCUUUUUACAACGCGGACGUCCUUAAACUGUUGGACAUGAAGGUCUUCGUCGAUACCGACGCCGAUAUAAGGCUGGGGAGGCGGUUGAGGAGGGAUAUAGUGCAACGCGGCCGCGACCUCGAAGGUGUAUUGAAACAGUACAUGAGUCAUGUAAAACCAGCCUACCAGAGUUACAUAGCGCCGCUGAUGGCGCACGCCGACAUCAUAGUGCCGCGCGGCGGCGACAACAAGGUGGCCAUACACCUCAUUGUGCAGCACGUGCACAAACAGUUGCAGCUGCGCGGUUUCAAAGUGCGAGAGAAGUUGGCGGUGGCCCACGUGGGGCAACCGGUGCCCGACUCGCUCUACGUGCUCAAAGACACGCCGCAGGUACAAGGUCUCCACACGUUCAUAAGAAAUAAGGACACGCCUCGCGACGAGUUCAUAUUCUACUCGAAGAGGCUCAUGAGGCUCGUCAUAGAGUUCGCUUUGUCCCUACUGCCUUACUCGGAACACAGUGUGGACACGCCCCAAGGAUUCCAGUAUAGAGGUCGCAAAUGCGAUGUGGAGAAGAUAUGCGGUGUUUCCAUCCUAAGGGCCGGGGAGACCAUGGAGCAGGCAGUUUGUGAUGUCUGCAAGGACAUCCGCAUCGGGAAGAUUCUCAUACAGACAAACCAACAGACAGACGAGCCGGAGUUAUACUACCUCAGACUGCCAAAAGACAUUAAAGACUACCGCGUUAUUCUGAUGGACGCCACGGUGGCUACCGGCGCGGCCGCCAUUAUGGCUAUCAGGGUCCUAUUGGACCACGACGUGCCAGAGGAAAAUAUAAGCUUAGUGUCACUACUUAUGGCUGAGAUUGGCGUCCACUCUAUAGCGUAUGCUUUUCCUAAGGUGAAAAUAGUGACAUCAGCUCUCGACCCGGAAAUCAAUGAGAAAUUCUACGUCUUGCCCGGUAUCGGUAACUUUGGAGACCGGUAUUUCGGUACCGAGCCCAACGACGACGAUUGAAUGAUUCAUAUACAAAUGUAGGUAUGUGUGUGAGUCUAUGGUCACUCUAUGAAUCCCUUAUCUUUGAGACGAAAGAAGUUCUCUAUAAAACCCUCGAUUUAAAGCUUAUUUCAGUACAUAUAUGUAUAUGUAUAUAUAUUUUUUGUAAAGAAACUAAGUACAAUAAUGAAUUUCCAUAUGUAUUAAAUAAUAAACUAAAUAGCAACUUAAUAAAUUAAUGUUUUUUUUUUUAUGACGGAUUCUAGAGUGAAUAUAGAUGAUGGAUUGAAUAAGAUGGUCAUAUAGCGAAAGAAUUAUUUAUUUAGAUAUUGUAUGUGUUUGUCUAUGUCUGAGAGGUCUAUGGCAAGUUGUCUGUGGUAGUCUAUUAGUAGUUUUUUUUUUCUUUGUAUCUGACAAUGCAUUUUAUUUUGUCUAUGCUGUGGUUGUGUUUUUAAUGAGUGAAAUAUGAAAUCAAUAGCAUAAUAAAAGGUACUGUAUUUUUUUAAAACUACAUAAUUUUAAGUCUAGUCUAUGCCUUAUAAGGUAUACAAAUAUGGUGCACAUUUUCAAACAGUUUAUAAACUUUAAUAUUUUAUCUUUAUUAGUCCUAAUAAAAGGGAAGAUAGUAGGGAAUAAAUUUUAAUUUUCAAAGGGUUUUUUUUUAUCAAUCUGGUUUUGAUAAUUCUGUGGUGUCGCCUCUAGAUGAUUCUAGUCUAUGGAAUAACAUCGUUCUAGUUAUGAGUUUUGAAAAAUAUGCUUUAUUGCAUUUAACAUAAGGUUCUGGAACCUUUCGCUCGCGUACGUCAGUACAUCAGUACUAUAUUUAUGUGAAAUUUCACGAAGAUCGGUUCAAUUGUUCUGACAUUAUAAUGAAAAAUUAAUUGACAAACAAACAUUCAAAUUUAUAAUAUUUAUAUUGCUAAAUAUAAGAAUUUAUUGAUGAAUAAAUUAAAAAAAAAAUGAUUGUCAAGUAAUUUGUCACAAAAAUAAACAAGUAUUGUUUUUAUUACUAACAAAAUAUGUUCCUGAGAAUUGUCACAGAAAUGACUAUUUUAUUACUAGCAAAUUUUUUUUUUAAUUUUUAUUAUAGAUUUGCAAUUUUAAGAAAUACCGAAGUAACUGGUUAACUUGGUGCUUAAUGUAUGAAAUGAAAUAUUUAAGUUCUCGCAUUCAAAAUGGCGCCGUACUUAUAACCUCACAUAAUCGCCGUACCAAAGGUUAUGACGUUCCUUAAUGGCUGACAUUUUACACCUAGCAUAAUUUAUUUUAUCACUGACAACCACAGCAACUUGUGCAUACGUUACGUAUAUUAUUAGUGUAAUUAUGCUGACACAGGUAUAUUGUCUUAUUAUAAUAAAAACUAUAUAUUGAGGCCUUGUUUGGCGAAGUUGUCGAAUUCUCGCCUCUGAACGAAAAAGUCCCGAGUUCGCUCUUCGGUCACAUCAAGAUAAUUAAAUAACUUUCAACGAUUGGCCUUGGUCUUGGAUGUUUAUGUUUUAAUUAAUUAUUUAAUGUAAACAAUAUUAUCGUUGAGUUAGUAUCCGAUAACACAAGUUUCUUUGAAAGUCUUAAAAAUUGACCGACACGCUUUUACCAUCAAAAAUAUGUUCUAUGAAGGACGAUAAGGUGUAUUGUGCACCAAUAUAAAAAAGAGUAAGACCACUCCCAUCUUUUUCCCAUGGGUGUUGUAAAAGGCGACUAAGGGAUAGGCUAAUAAACUUGGGAUUCUCCUUCAAGGCGAUGGGCUAGCAACCUGUCAUUAUUUUGAAUCUCAAUUAAUCAUUAAGCCUAAGAGCUAAAAUUGACCUUUCAUCAUAUAAGUCUUUCAAGACUGCUGGUUUUGUCUACCCCACAAGGGAUUUAGACGUGAUUUUAUGAAUAAAUGAAUUUAAAAUUCAAGAUGGCGCUCCACUAAGCUUUCGUUUCUUUUAUUUCGUUAAUAUUAUUUAUAUACUUUUACCGUUUUUGUAUGAUGUCCCUAUGUCUGUAUGUAUGCUUAGAGCUUUAAAACUACACAACGGAUUUUGAUGUGUGAUUUAAGAAGAAGGUUUAUAUGUAUGAUAUCCGUGCGGAGCCGGGGUGCGUCGCUAGUAAGACAAUAUACCUACCUGUGUUUCAUCUUUGUAUUUUAUGUAAUACGCUUUAUACAAUAAGUCUAUAUACAAUUUUGUAUAUAUAUAUAUAUAUAUA